GGUCUCUUAGAGGAGGCGUCUCUCCCAGCUGGGCGGCUGGUGGCUAUUUCCGGAGUAAGAUGGCUGCAACGCGUGUGCUGGGGACCUGGAGCCGGAACGCUGUCAGACUGGUUUGUGUUCGCUAUUUUCAAACAUGUAAUAACGUACAUGUUUUGAAGCCAAAAUUUGUGUGUUCCUUCGGUUAUCCUGUGCUCAAAUACAGUCAGCCACAUCGCUCCCUGAGAACGGCAGCUGUGCUACAGGGGCAGGUUGUUCAGUUCAAACUCUCUGACAUUGGAGAAGGGAUUCGAGAAGUAACUAUUAAAGAAUGGUAUGUAAAAGAAGGCGAUACCGUGUCUCAGUUUGACAGCAUCUGUGAAGUUCAGAGUGACAAGGCCUCCGUCACCAUCACCAGCCGCUACGAUGGCAUCAUCAAGAGGCUCUAUUACAACCUAGACGAGAUCGCUUACGUGGGGAAGCCACUGAUUGACAUCGAAACAGAAGCUUUAAAGGAUUCAGAAGAAGAUGUUGUUGAAACUCCCGCUGUGUCCCACGAAGAGCACACUCACCAAGAGAUAAAGGGCCAGAAAACCCUAGCGACACCUGCUGUUCGUCGUCUAGCAAUGGAAAACAAUAUUAAGCUGAGUGAAGUUGUUGGCUCCGGAAAAGAUGGAAGAAUACUUAAAGAAGAUAUUCUCAACUUUCUGGAAAAGCAGACGGGAGCCAUAUUGCCUCCCUCACCAAAAGCUGAAAUAACACCACCUCCACCACAAGCCAAAGACAGGCCCUUUCCCACACCAGUAUCAAAGCCUCCGGUGUUCACAGGCAAAGACAGGACAGAGCCCGUAACAGGCUUCCAAAAAGCAAUGGUCAAGACCAUGUCUGCGGCUCUGAAGAUUCCCCACUUUGGCUAUUGUGAUGAGGUUGACCUUACUGAGCUGGUUAAGCUUCGGGAAGAGUUGAAACCUGUUGCUUUGGCUCGGGGAAUCAAACUCUCCUUCAUGCCCUUCUUCUUAAAGGCCGCUUCUCUGGGAUUGCUACAGUUUCCUAUCCUCAAUGCCUCCGUGGACGAAAACUGCCAGAACAUCACCUACAAGGCGUCGCACAAUAUCGGGAUAGCAAUGGAUACUGAGCUGGGGUUGAUCGUCCCCAAUGUGAAGAAUGUUCAGGUUCGCUCUGUAUUUGAGAUUGCCUUGGAACUGAACCGCCUCCAGAAACUGGGCUCUUCGGGCCAGCUCAGCACCGCUGACCUUACCGGAGGGACAUUUACUCUUUCCAACAUUGGAUCGAUUGGUGGGACCUAUGCCAAGCCAGUGAUAUUGCCACCUGAAGUAGCCAUUGGGGCCCUGGGAGCUAUUAAGGCUCUUCCCCGAUUUGACCAGAAAGGAGAAGUUUAUAAAGCACAAAUGAUGAAUGUGAGCUGGUCAGCUGAUCACAGAAUCAUUGACGGAGCCACAAUGUCACGCUUCUCUAAUCUGUGGAAAUCCUACCUGGAAAACCCAGCAUUUAUGCUGCUAGAUCUGAAAUAAUGUUACAUACAACAGCCUUGAACUUACGCAUUUCCAAAGAGUUCGUGAAGCUGUUAUAUGCCUCACGUAUUCCUGUUACAGUUGCAUUAGAAGUGAUCUGAGUUACCUGCUUAAGGCUCUAAGGCACAGUAUCUAUGACUGUCAUGUUAGGCUCUUUGCUGAAAAUGAAUGAUGGCGUCAUGAUUCUCCUGGGGUAUCACACUGUGUAGGUCAGAAGGUGACUUCCCAAUAUGGUGCUGAGAUCUUUGUGUCAAUGAGUUGAAACAGGCAACAAAGCAAAAUUAAUGUUACUAAAAGGCAAGUUGCAAUAUAUGUGUGGCAUUUGCCAUGUUUCUUUUUUAAUUUUUUAACUGACUUUUAGUGAAACUUUAAAAUUACACUUCACUGGGGAAAGGAACCAGUGUUUUCCAUUUCCCUACAAUCAUGGUAACUGUUC